CUCUUCUCUCUCUCUUUGCUACCUAUAGCUUUUCAGAAAGUGUGUGUAGAAGAACAAUAUGGGUGCACUUUACUACUUGAUCUCAAACUUUUGCACUUCUCCAAACACAAAAACCAAACGCAAACCAAUGCAGACUGUUGAGAUCAAAGUGAAAAUGGAUUGUGAUGGCUGCGAAAGAAGAGUUAGAAAUGCAGUGGCUACAAUGAAAGGAGUGAAAUCAGUGGAGAUAAACAGAAAGCAAAGCAAAGUAACAGUGAAUGGUUUUGUUGAUCCAAACAAAGUGUUGAAAAGGAUAAAAGAUACUGGGAAAAAAAGAGCUGAAUUUUGGCCUUAUGUUCCACAACAUGUAGUAACCUUUCCUCAUCUAACAGGAAUCUAUGAUAAAAGAGCACCAGCUGGAUAUGUAAAAAAUGCACAAACAUUUCCAGCCUCUAUUGAUACAGAAGAGAAACUCAUGUCCUAUUUUAGUGAAGACAAUGUUAAUUCAUGCUCCAUCAUGUAACCAAAAAAAAAUACAUGUAACACAAGAAAUCACUGGCUAAAAAUAACAGACAGAUAAACCGACAGACAGACUUAAUACAUGCACCGUCAUUUAAGAUUUUUUUUUUUUUUGUAUUUUGUAUUUUGUUGUAGAUGAAUUAUUUAUUAAGUAAAUUUUUUUUUUCUUGAGAUUUGUUGCUUUUGAAGUUAGUGUGAUUGAGAUGAGUGAAUAAAUAUUGAAUGUACUUUUGUUAUUUUGAACUAUACAAGUUUUGGACAAUACAAUACAAUGGUAUUGAUAGGGUGAA